CAUUGUCAUGUCAUGUAAAAAAACUCAUUUUGGAAACAAAAUGGACGGUGUUUAAAUGGCGUUUCUCGUGUUUGUUAGUGAUGUGAGAUAUUAUGCUUAAUUGGGCAUACAGUCUUCAUAUACAGAAGUCAAAUAAUAAAAACCAUCUAAACCGUUAUAUAAUUCUGCAAACCGUGACCAUUUUUCAUUGAUAAUUAUAUGGACCUACAUUUUUGGAGUAUGGUAUCCAUUUUGUGAACAACUUGUUGUGUGGCGUUUAAAGUAAGAUAAAAUGGACGUCCCCAAUAUUCAUUGGAUACUACUCGAAGGCAAAGAAACCAUAAUUCACUCUUAAUAGAGUGAUGGACUCAUAUAAUUUAUUUGAUGAUGGAAGCGGUAUGUUGGAAGGACUUACUGAUCUUGGUGGAUCAGACAGCUUUGCUGGUGCUUCUUCGGCUGGUGUAACUGGAGAUAACAAAGAUACACCCGACAACAGUUACAGACAACCUUAUAAUCAAAAUACAGUACCACAAGAAGGAUCGAUUCAGAAACUGGCUUCGUUUGGAGGGCCUCCGGCUGGCAGUGCUCAACCGGUGCCCAAUCCUGGCACGGGGCCUCCCGCACCCGAUUACCAUGACUACGGAAGUUACCCGCCACGUCCUCGCUUGCCUCAGCCACCUCACGGUCCACUACAUCCGCCACAUCAUGUGCAUCCUUCACAUUCUUACCCAGGAUAUCAUCCUGGCCCAGAACCAAUGUAUGCAAUGCCAGAACAACCAGGUAUUGGAGAAAUGGGGGUAUGGUCUGGCCCUCCAGGCGCUAAUAGGUAUUCUCCAAUAGCACCGAGCUAUCGUCAUAGCUAUGAACAUCAACAAAAAAUGCAUCAAUACCCUCCUCAACAGGGUGCUGGUAUUGGUAGUCUACAAGCACAAAAUGGAACAUACAUACCAAGACAGCCGCAUUUCUCACAACCAACAUCACAGCAAAUAUAUGGGCAACAGCAGAACUACCCCAACUACACACAGAUGCAUCCACCAACCGCUUCUAGAAUAGGUCAACACCCGACAUAUCAUCAGCAAAUGGAUGUCAAUCCUCAUCAGUAUGGUAUACCUCAUGGCCAACAAGGCCAUGCACCAAUUCCUCAGCACCAAUCUCAUCAAAGUAUGGGUGGUCAUUCCAGUAGUAUGACACCAGGAAUUCAAAACCAUCCUAAUGUUCAUCUUCACCAUCCGGGUGCACCGCCUAUACAUCAUGUACCUCGUCAGUCGCCAGUGCCGCCAUCUUCAGUGGCGCCGUCUCAUUCUUCUGUUCCGGCGCAAAUGCCUUAUGCAUCACCUCACCAUUCCGUCUCAAUGAAUUAUCAAUCUCAUCAAAUACAACAUCCUUUAGAUGUCAACGUUUCGAAUCAGUAUGGCAAUGUGAAACAAACGGGAAUAGAAACAGGGAGUCCACAAUAUCGUCCACCGUUUCCUCAACUUUCUCCUCAAAUGUCUCCUAGAGCUCAAAUAUCGCCCCGACAACAAUCACAAUCACAACUUUCUCCACGGCCUGUUAUGUCUCCUGUAAAAGGUCCCAGCGCAUCUCCACAUGGUGCUCGUAAUAUGGUUCAGUCGCCAGUUUCUUCAGGAACUUCAACAACACCGGGAUCUUUUCCAUCCCAGAAUACACUUCAAGCGUUAGAGCAAAUGGUUUUACCAUCAGGCUCAGAGUAUCCAUACCAACGUAACCCGUCAUCUCCAGCUGUGACACAUGUUGCAUCUUCACCAUCUCAGUGGAACCAAAGCAAAAUUACUCCAACAAGUAGUUUAGCGCAAAUGGAAAAUAGCGAGCAGCAUGCAAAGUCUUCUGAACCAGCCGUAUCAGUACCACCAAUAUCAGUGCCACCACUAAAAUCAGAAUUAGUAAAAACUACAGCCGUAACUCAUACUGAAACGAAACCAGUUGAAAAAACUGAACCAGAGAGUGCUAGAUCAACUGAAACUGGUACAUUAAGAACUUUUAUAGCUCCGCCUAAUUCGAACAGUACUAAAGAUAAUGUGCCAAUUGCUGCAUCGACAAGCAGUUCCACAAAUAGUUGUCACGAUUCGCCUGCUACUGGGGAAUCAGGAGAUAAUCAUGAAAAGAUGUCAGGACCUCGUCAGUCUACAGAUAGUAACGUCGAAAAUGCUCCACUACAGGGAGAGGAAAAUGUUGAUAUUAAUGUAACAAAAGUAUACAACAGUGAACAAAAUUUGGAAUCGAAACAGAAGUCUACUGAGAAUGCCAAUAUUCAAGAAAGUAACAUUGUUAAUCCAGUGACGUUGCCCCUGCCUUCAAUUACAAAUACUAAUACUAGCAAUUCGUCACCUUCUCAACAAAUCCCAGUAUCUCAUGUUACUACUACGAAUACGAAUAACCAAUACGAAAGUAUGCUUAAUAUGAAUAUUAGUAGAAAUCCAGGAUAUUCAGCAAACAACGUACAGAAUGUUUCUGCUAACAUGCCAAAUGUAACACAGGGCUUGUCAGCAAACAUACCAUCUAGUAUUCAGUCAUCGGGUCAUACUGCUGUCAGUCAUAAUAUAUCUUCUAGUUUUCCAAGUGGCCCUACCUCUGUUACUCAAGCACUGCCUAAUGUGCAAGCAAAUUUACAACCAAAUCAUGCAAUGCAACAUGGAAAUUUACCGAAUACUGUAACAUCUACUAUUCCUGUUCAUAACCAACAAAGCAACAUGUCGUUGAUUCCUGCAAUACAGGGAAAUAUUCAACCAAAUAUGCCGAAUGUCUCUAGUAAUAUGCAAUCGAUUGGCCAAUCCAAUGUACCAGCAAAUAUUUCAAACGUUCAAGUAGGAUUGCCCUUGACUGUUCCAAAUAUGCAUGCUCCAAUGCCACCAAAUCAGCCUAUUAUAUCUAAUAUGCCCCAUAAUAUUAAUCCAAUGUUGAUGAUUGGGCCAAAUUCGAUGCCUCAUCCCAAUAUCUCGAAUAUAUAUCCAGCUUCCCAUCAACAAGAAAGAAUGUCUUUACAACAACAAAUACAAGAUAUUUACUGUUUGCCACCUUCAAAUGAAAAUCAGGAAAAAGUAAGGUGCCUCCAAGAAAGACUAGCAUUAAUCCAACAGCAUGAAUCGAAUGAUAAAUGUAAUGGGGGUCCAAACUGCACACUACAAAACCCAGUUUACGGAUCAAAAAUGGUAGAAAGUCCUCAAGUCACUAGUACAACGGGGCGUGGCCGUGGCAAAGGUCCGGCUAAGCCCAGGAAGCCAAGGGCAAAAAAAGAGAAAUUUGUGGCAACAGCGCAGACAUUAGAUCAGCUGCCUGUUUCGGAAGAUUGUGUGACAGCUGGAACUGGAUUACAAAGUACGUCAGAACUUGACUUAGAAUCUAAUGAAGAUAUAACAAAUUUAGACAGCAGUGCAAUAUCUAUGGAUGACAUCAGUGGUGGUAAAGUAAGAAAACAAAGAGGACCCCGAAAGAAUAAGGAGCGAAAGCCACGGACACCUAAAGAACCAAAAUUAAAAGAUUUAACUGACAAACCUGUGAAAGAGCGGAAAAAACGAGAACCAAAAGAUCCAAAUGCUCCCAAGAAGAAAAGGACUUCAAAAAAAGACGCUGUUGAAAUACAAGCGGAUACAACUACUUAUGAAUUGUUAGAAACAGAUAAAGACACCCCCUCUGGUGACGUAUCAUUGAGUCAAAAUAUAUGCAAUAUAGAAACUCCUAAUGCAUCAAAGAAUUUGUCAGACCUUUCCUUGGAAGAUUCGAACGUCACUGACUUUGAUGAUAUUCCGGUUUCUAAAAUUGCAAUCAAGGAUCUGUUGGAAGAAGCUGAGGCUAAACGAGAACAAAUAGAGAAAGAUGAUGACAUCGAUUCAAUCACUCAAAAAAGAAAAUCUAAGAAACGCUCAUCAGUCGGUGGAAGUUGUAAGAAAUUGACUCUGAGGAAAUCUUUAGGCGGGAGGAGAAAAAAGCGUGGUGGAUUAAUUCCAGAUUCUGAUGGUGAACCAGAUGAUAUGAUGUCUACCCCACCACCGUCUCCGCCGCCAGAAGGUGACGAUAGUUUAAAGAGAAGAUCUGCUAGGAACACACAACGUAAAAAAUAUACAGAUGAUGUCAUGCUACGUUUAUCAGAUGAUGAAUUUACAAUGGCCACACCUAAAGUUGAAAAAGAAUGUAAGUCGGAGGAUCUAGAUACCAAAGAAAACAGUAGAUCUGAAGGUGUUCCUAAACCUAACUAUAUCUAUGUGAAUACAACUGAAGAAGAUGCCAUGAUUGUCCAACAUGUUUUAGCUUGUCGUAUGGGAAAAAGAGAGUUUAAAGUUGAAACACUUGCUACUGACAUUUCACCAAAAUUAGAAGCUAGUAAAACUGAGCCGACACUUAAUGAUUCUAACGAUGAAGUGCAAAAGAUUGAGUCUUGUGAAGAUAAUAAUACUGACGAUAAAACAAUAAUUGAUGAUGAAACUCAGAAAGAAAUUGAUAAUCAAAAUACAAGUGAAAAAUCCGAUGUCCCUGCAGUAACUAAUAAAGCAGAGGAAACCAUAGAUGGUUGUAAAGACAAAUCCGAUGGUGAAGUUAAGAAUUUGAAACCGGUUAUGGUUGAUGUUGAGGAAUAUUUUGUAAAAUACAGAAAUUUUUCAUACCUGCAUUGUGAAUGGAAAACAGAAGAAGAACUUUACAAAGGAGAUAAAAGAAUAUUUUCUAAAAUUAAACGCUUCAAACAGAAACAAGCUCAACAAUUGAAUAUUUUUGAAUUAUUAGAUGACGAACCUUUUAAUCCUGACUAUGUUGAAGUGGAAAGAAUACUGGAUAUGUCAGAAAAUCAAGACCCUGCGAAUAAUACAGUAGUUAAACAUUAUUUAGUUAAAUGGAAAAGCUUACAAUAUGAAGAUAGUACAUGGGAAUUAGAAGAGGAUAUUGAUGUAGAUAAAAUAAGACAAUACAAGACAUUUAGUGAGAUACCACCGAAAGAAAAAUGGAAAUUUAAAAAACGACCUUCUGCUGACCAGUGGGUCCAAUUAAAAGAAUCCCCUCUUUAUAAAGGAGGAAAUACUUUAAGGCCCUAUCAACUCGAAGGACUUAAUUGGUUGUUAUUCUCAUGGCAUAAUAAUCGUAAUUGUAUAUUAGCUGAUGAAAUGGGUUUAGGAAAAACAAUUCAAAGUCUUACAUUUGUGAAUUCUGUUUGGGAGUAUGGUAUAAGAGGACCAUUUCUUAUCAUAGCUCCUUUAUCUACAAUACCAAAUUGGCAAAGAGAAUUUGAAGGAUGGACAGAAAUGAAUGUAGUUGUUUAUCACGGUUCUCAACAGAGCAAGAGUAUGCUGCAGGAAUAUGAAUUUUAUUACAAGAAUGAACACGGCGAACCAAUUAAAGAAAUUACCAAAUUCAAUGUUCUUAUAACAACAUUUGAAAUAAUCGUGACAGAUUUCCAAGAAUUGAAAUCCUUUAACUGGCGAAUAUGUGUUAUAGAUGAAGCGCAUAGACUUAAAAAUCGUAACUGCAAACUUUUGGAAGGAUUAAGACAACUCCAUUUAGAACACAGAGUAUUAUUAUCUGGAACUCCACUGCAGAAUAAUGUAAACGAACUUUUUUCUCUCUUAAAUUUUCUAGAACCUUCGCAAUUUUCUAGCAGUGAUGCUUUCUUAAAUGAAUUUGGUCAACUUAAGACUGAAUCAGAAGUACUCAAGCUUCAAGCACUUUUAAAACCUAUGAUGCUCCGGAGAUUAAAAGAAGAUGUUGAAAAAACGUUGGCACCAAAGGAAGAAACAAUAAUUGAAGUCGAGUUAACUAAUAUACAGAAAAAAUAUUAUAGAGCUAUACUCGAAAGAAAUUUCAGUUUCUUACAAAAAGGUACGGCUUCCGCGGCCAAUAUCCCUAACUUAAUGAAUACAAUGAUGGAACUGAGAAAGUGUUGUAUACAUCCAUACUUGUUAAAUGGUGCAGAAGACCAAAUACAAUUUGACUAUAAACAGGCUAAUGGGGAAGAUAAGCAAGCAUAUUACAAAGCUCUUAUAGAUUCAUCUGGUAAAAUGGUAUUAGUUGAUAAAUUACUUCCGAAAUUAAAAGCUGGAGGUCACAGAGUUUUAAUAUUUAGCCAAAUGGUAAGAUGUCUAGACAUUUUGGAAGAUUAUUUAGUAUUUAGAAAGUAUCCUUAUGAGAGGAUUGACGGGCGUAUUCGGGGCAACUUGAGGCAAGAAGCAAUCGAUAGAUUCUCUAAACCUGACUCAGAUAGAUUUGUAUUUUUGCUAUGUACGAAAGCAGGUGGGUUAGGUAUCAAUUUAACAGCUGCAGAUACAGUUAUAAUUUACGAUAGCGACUGGAAUCCACAGAAUGAUCUGCAGGCACAAGCGCGAUGCCAUCGAAUUGGUCAGCAAAAAAUGGUUAAAAUAUAUAGAUUAAUUUGUCGUAAUUCAUACGAAAGGGAAAUGUUUGACAAAGCAUCGCUUAAGCUUGGCCUUGAUAAAGCCAUAUUACAAAGUAUGAAUACAACUCAAGGUAAAGAAACAGGAAUAAAGCAAUUGUCUAAAAAGGAAAUUGAGGACUUGUUGAAAAAAGGUGCAUACGGCGCCGUGAUGGAUGAAGAUAAUGCUGGUGAUAAAUUUUGUGAGGAAGAUAUUGAAAUGAUAUUAGCGCGCAGAACACAAGUUAUUCAAAUGGAGUCAGAAAAAGGGUCAACAUUUUCUAAAGCUAGUUUUGCUGCAGCAGACCAGCGAUCAGAUAUUGACAUAAGAGAUCCAGAUUUUUGGAAUAAAUGGGCUAAAAAAGCAGAAAUUGAUACUACUGAGAAAAAAGAAGAUGAAGAUUUGAUAGUAACAGAACCAAGAAAACGAACAGUUAUCAAAAGAUACGGUCAUGACGAUGGUCCCAUGGAAAUGUCAGAUAUGGAGGUCACACCAGAUUCCGAUGACGAUGAGGAAGGAAUCAGUUUAAGAAGUAAAAGAAAGAAAGACAAACUUGGCAAAAAAGGCCGUAGAUAUGCAAGCGACGAUUAUAUCCCCCGUCACGAAGGUGUUCCUGUUGAUGAAGAGGUUGUCUAUGGAUCAUGGACACGGUCUGAGUGUUUUAAAAUAGAAAGAGGACUACUCACAUUUGGGUGGGCCCGAUGGGAAGAAAUUGUUGAGAAAAAUCAAUUCAGAAAAGGUUGGACAAUUCCUGUUAUAGAAGACUGUGCACGAAUUAUUGUUUUAUAUUGUUUGCGGCAUUACAAAGGUGAUGAGAAAAUAAGAAAUUUUAUAUGGGAUCUAAUAGAACCAUGUGAAAAUGGUGAAGUUACAAUCUCUAGAAAUCACAGUGGACUACAUAAUCCAGUACCUCGAGGAAGAAACGCCAAAAAGAAAAAUCGCCCUAAAGAUUUGCCAAAAUCCAACGAUCUUCAAAAAUGGGAGGAUGCGAGUCACUGGAGCUCUACAGAAAAGUAUGACUGUGAACUGUAUCUUGAAAACAGUUAUAAAAAGCAUUUAUUUAGACACGCCAAUAAGGUUUUGCUGCGCGUACGCAUGAUGUAUUAUAUCAAACAUGAGGUCAUUGGUGACUUUGCCACACAAAUUGAAAGUGGAGUUCAUGCAAGUACCUUGGGUAUGCGUGUACCGCGCGGUGUGGACAGCACACCGCCGCGCCUGUGGUGGGAUAGUGAGUGUGACGUAUCCUUACUUGUUGGUACAUACGUCCACGGUUACGAAAAUUAUUUGGCUAUGCGUUCAGAUCCACAACUUUGUUUUGUAGACAAACUGGGCCCCCCCGAUGAUGCUGAAUGCACAGAUAUCAAGAGUGAAGAAAGAAAAGUAAGAGGCAGUGUAGUGGGGGACGAAGAUUGUACGGACGACGUGUCUAGCGGUGCUGGUGCAACAUCCCCGGCAGCCUCUCCUCGGCCUGAUGACGACAGUACGCAAAGCAGUGGUGGUGGGCAUUUAUGGCCCUCAAUGCAAGACUUGAACACGAGACUCCGCAGACUAAUCACAGCAUAUCAAAGAAACUACAAACGAGAAGAACUUAAAAUGCAACAGAGAGCUAAGAAGAUGGAGCGAAGAGAACGCAUGGAUCAACUGGCUAGAGAUGAGGUGUCGCAGUGGCGCUGGACGCGCGCCGACGAAGAAGCGUUCCGACGCACUGUGGCUUCCUAUGGGGUGGAAUUCGACCCAACUACAAAAAGUCUUCGCUGGAGUCGAUUCAGAACACUUGCACGUUUGGAUACCAAAAGUGAUGAUGCCUUAACAGAUUAUUUGAAAGCUUUUAUGGCCAUGUGUAAACGACAGUGUGGACUUUCUGUGGGCGAAGCUGAGUUACCUACACGAGCAGAUUUAAAAGCAGAACCGAUAGGUGAAGAGAGAGCUAUUGCUACUCUGGAAAGGAUUGAUCUUCUACGAGUAUUACGUGAAGAAGUCGCUCCACAUCCUGCACUAGAUACUCGAUUGGCACUAUGCGAACGGUCUCCUGACACCCCACCGUGGUGGCAGCCAGCUCGCCAUGAUAAACUUUUAGUUUUGGGUGUUUGCAAGCAUGGUUUAGGUGACACUUACAGUAAGCUGUUUUGCGAUCCAAAAAUGCCAUUCGCUGAUUGCGCUAGCAAGUGGUAUACUAGUCACAAGGGAGUUACUAGAAACGAAUCACAAAAAUUAUCUUCCGAUGAAGAAGACACCGCUGUCUCUGAAGAUGCAGCAGGAGAAACGCGAAUGUCGCUCAGACGAAGUAAGAGAACUUCCAAUAACUGCGAUAGGACUGCUGAAGAUGACACGGAUGCCCUUUCGGAACUAGAAACUCUCGCUAAGUUAGGUCGGAUCGAAGAGACAUUGCCCCCAGAGCGCUGGUUCUCAGAACGGGCGCUCGAGACGCGCCUGCAUCACAUAGCGCACGCGGUACAGAAUCGCGAGUGGCCCGCAGCCGCCAAGCCGGACACGCGAGCGGCGGCCGACGUGCACGACGAGCGCAAGCAGGGGCCCAAGCGUCACAUCGCCAUCGACGUAGAGACCGACCGCGCUAAGCUGCACGCGCUGCUGUCGUCGCCGCAGGCCGCGCACACGGGGGCCGGCAGCAGCGCGGCGCCGGGCGAGGCGGGCGCGCCGCCGCCGGCGCACCAGCGCGUGCCCGCGUCGCCCGCGCCCUCCGCCGCUCCCGUUGACCUCUCGGCACCUCUGGAUCUGAGCGACGUCCAUGAUUUCUCUGUGGGCCGCCGUACGCCUCAUAACGAUUCUGCACCUUCUUCCAUGCCUUCUCGCAGCCGGCUCGAUGAUACACUUUCCAGGCUCAUGAAGAGAAAGAAUGUGCCUGCGCCCGAGCAUAUAGUUGGAAAAGAGAAGAAAAGAAAGAAAUUAGAUGAAAUUGUAUUGGGAUUAUCAGCGGCUAAAUGUAAAAGCCCUACCACUUCAUCAGAUAACCUGCGCGGACGUAGCUCCAGCGUGCUGCCCGAUGUGACUGUAACCCCAGCUGCGCCUCCAACAUCGUCCCCAGCUUCCUCUAAUCAGAAACCAUUUUCGGUCACGGUGACUAAUGUACCAUCGCCACAGGCUUCUUCUAAAGAGUUAUCUUCAUUUUUGCAACAAUCUUUAGAACAUACAAAGGUUCCUAAAGCUCCAGUUGUACCACCAAUGAAAUCUUAUUCUCAUGAGGCUAAAGUAAACAAGUGGCUAGCUGAGCAGGCUAGCGUUGAUACACGUCGUCGUGGUGUAGCGCCUCGGCUAGCACCAGAAGAACACGUGCCAGUGGUGCAUCGUGUAACUGGCAAGCGCAUAGUCGGUCCCAAAGCACCGCAACUUAAGCAUCUAGCCCAAUGGAUAGCUGAAAACCCUAUGUAUGACAUAGACUCCAAGUGGACGGAAGGUAUUAAAGAGCAUAUUAAGUUGCCUCAAGACGUACGUAGUCAAAGACAUUCUCCGAUGCAAGCUAGCGGAGGUGAACGUAAAAAGGGACGUCCUCCUACGCUCGAUUCUCCAUCUCCAAAUGUAUUGUCGUCUAAUUCUCAUUUGAAUCAGAAUUUGGCUGGCUUAAAUCCAGCUAUUUUGGCCAGUAUAUCAAGUCUAAGUGCAUUUGAUCCAAAAACAUUAGCUGCCACUCUUUCAAAUUUGACGGGCUUUGAUCCAAAAUUGUUAAAUAGUUUUGACCCAAAACUACUUUCUAGUUUGGGGAGCUUUGAUCCUAAAAAUAAUCCAUUGUUGAGUUCUUUUAAUAGUAUGCCAAAUUUGUUAGGGAAUAUAGCAGGUGGAAAUAUAUUUGCGAAUUUAGCGGGACUAGGACUUCCUGGAUUCUCUUCAUUAGACAUAAACAAUUUAACUGGAUCCAAUAUUUCAAGCGACAGUAAGUCGAAAUCUCGUAAAACUACUGAAACAGGGAAUCCCUCUAAUUCAAAAUCUACCAACUCUCAAUUUCCAUUUGUGUUUCCUAAUCCAAAUAUGUUGUAUCCUCAAUUAGGACUAAGUGGUUUAAAUCCAUUCGGAAUGCAUUCUGGCAUGUCAUCAGCAUACGACGCUUUAGGUUUAUUGAGUAAUAAUAUAGCAGCAAGUUCAGGUGCUUCUACAUUACAAGCAUCCAGUCAUACUUCUGCACGCAGCACGGCAAAAACAACAACACCGCGGUCUUCGACAGUAGUUACUAAUUCAUCAACUUCUCGCCAACAAAAAGUUUCUGAUCGGCAACAAUCAAGUCAAUUACCGCAAAUUCAUUUGCCACCAGAUCCAUAUCUUUUGGAAACUUUGUCCAAACAGUCUCUAAAUUACGAAUCGAUUAUCAGACCAGAAAAGAGACAGCGAGAUAAUGAUAGCCAAGAAAACAUAGCAACCGAUUUAUCAAAGACUGAUAAGAAAAAACUGCCAUUCGAUGCAUUAAGGUCUCAAGUCCCACCGGAAUUUGCGGCUGUUCAGGAAAAACUUUUGAAGGGUGAUAAAAAAGAUAUUGAUAUAAGCAAGAUGUUGUUAGAACAAAUGGCUUCGGGUGCACUUAGUGCCAGCCUUGUUAGUUCAGCAGAGUCCAAAAAGGCUAAAGAUGACAAAGACGUUACUGAAAAAUUUGUUAAAAAUUCAUCAGAAUAUAUUUCUAGAUCCUUAAUCUCUGAAGAUGGGGGAUCUGCAACCUCUUUAGUUCACAAACGAAGUCAUGAAGAUAUCAUAAACGAACCAGAAAAUUUAGCACUAUCUUCAACAGAAUUAAACCCCAUCAAGAAGUUAAAGGAAAAUCCGAACUCUGAAAAUAAGCCUGCAAUGGAAAAUCAAUCUGAUCACUCAACACAUCCUGGGGAAAUGGACCUUGAAGAUUUAAUAGCUCCUUCAACCGUUAUCAAAACCGGAAUGAAACCAGACUUUGACACUAAUGUCCCUCCUAAAUUUACUCCUACGGAGGUAACGGCUACUCCAUUGAGUAAAGACGAAAAAUCCCUAUCGAAAUUACCAAACUCUUACCCUGAAGGUUCUAUGUCUCUAAGUCACGAUAUAGCCUCAGCCGAUGAUGAAAAAAAUGACGAAGAAAGUAAAGGUAACUGUUCCAAUGAGGAUGAUACUAAUAUUGGAGACAAUUCCGCACAUGAUGGGCGUAGAUGCAAUAAAAAGAAAAUCCGUAAGUCAUCUGAAGAGGCUCCGGCGACGUGUCCGCGACGUGAAUUAAGAUCUAGCUCUGGUCGCCAGUCAACGGAAUCGAUUAAUACAAAUCAUUAAAGCGAUGCAUUUCUUAAAAUAUACUCUGCUAUGAUGUUCCGCCAGUGGAUUCUUAAAAUGAAAUUGACAUAAGAAGUUAUUUAUAAACUUCCAAACCUUAUUAUUUUUAAUGUAAUCCUUUUUCCGGAUAUUAGAUUAAAAUUAAUUAAAACUUCUGUUAAACUGGCUAUAAUUCUAAAUUUUCAUCAACUUAGGACACUAUGCAAUUAUUGCGUGUGAAUGUUUUAAAAUCGUAAGCUAUUUGAACAAAGUAUAUAAUACGGCGCUAGCAAUCACGUUUAGGAAUAUAUUCAAUUCCUGAUUGUGGCUUAGAAUUUCAUUGCGUUAUGCGAUAAACUACUGACACUAGAGAUCUCCACAAAUACUGUAGCUCAGUUUCUUUGGACUACUAUUUGUUUUUAAAGUAAGUUAUAAAUGUUGAGUAAAUAAUAAAUCAUUAUCGAUGUGUGAAAAUGUGUUAAAAUUAUUCCCUGGUUUAAUUUUUAUUCUCAUUUUUAUUAGUUAUUAUUGUAAGAUUUAAGUCAAACACUGAAUGUGAUAAGAUUAUUUAUUACAUGUAUUCUUAUUAUUUUACACUGCUAAAUCGACGAAAUGUAUUAUAUUAUUAUGUGACAAAUCAUAAUUAAACAUAGAAUUUAUUGAA